ACCCGGAAAGCGAAGUGGGAGCCGAACGUGGCGGCCGGCAUGGAGGGCGAGGGCGCAGUCGAGGAGACCGCGAAGACCUUCAAAGAACUGGGAGUGACCGAUGUGCUGUGUGAAUCUUGUGAUCAGUUGGGAUGGAAGACACCAACAAAGAUCCAAGUGGAGGCCGUUCCAGUUGCACUCCAAGGCCGUGACAUCAUUGGCUUAGCCGAGACUGGAUCUGGAAAAACGGGGGCUUUUGCCUUGCCCAUCCUUCAGGCACUGCUAGAGACACCUCAGCGCUUCUUUGCUUUGGUCCUUACCCCGACCCGGGAGUUAGCCUUUCAGAUCUCGGAGCAGUUUGAGGCCCUUGGAUCUUCCAUUGGUGUCCAGAGUGCUGUUAUUGUGGGAGGAAUUGACAUGAUGGCUCAGUCUCUUGCCCUAGCCAAGAAACCACAUGUAAUAAUUGCUACACCUGGCCGCCUUAUUGACCACCUUGAGAACACAAAGGGCUUCAAUUUGAGAGCUCUGAAGUAUUUAGUUAUGGAUGAAGCCGACCGGAUCCUCAACAUGGACUUUGAGACAGAGGUAGACAAGAUCCUGAAAGUGAUUCCCAGAGACAGGAAGACAUUUCUCUUUUCUGCUACCAUGACUAAAAAGGUGCAAAAACUCCAGCGUGCAGCUCUUAAGGACCCUGUCAAAUGUGCCGUUUCAACUAAGUACCAGACGGUUGAAAAACUGCAGCAAUACUAUGUCUUCAUCCCUUCCAAGUUCAAGGACAGCUACCUCGUCUAUAUUCUGAAUGAACUUGCUGGGAACUCAUUCAUGAUAUUUUGCAGCACCUGCAACAACACUCAGAGGACAGCCCUCCUCCUUAGAAACCUGGGCUUCACUGCCAUUCCCCUCCACGGUCAGAUGAGCCAGAAUAAGCGAUUAGGGUCACUGAACAAGUUCAAGGCUAAAGCACGUUCCAUUCUACUGGCUACCGAUGUCGCUAGCAGAGGCCUGGACAUCCCCCAUGUGGAUGUUGUCGUGAACUUUGACAUUCCCACCCAUUCCAAGGAUUACAUUCAUCGUGUAGGGAGAACGGCUCGAGCUGGGCGCUCUGGAAAAUCCAUCACGUUCGUCACACAGUACGAUGUGGAGCUCUUCCAGCGCAUUGAGCACCUGAUAGGAAAGAAGCUGCCUGCCUUCCCCACGCAAGAGGAGGAGGUCAUGAUGCUGACCGAACGUGUGGCUGAAGCACAACGAUUUGCUCGGAUGGAGUUGCGGCAGCAGGGGGAAAAGAAGAAGCGUUCCCGCGAAGAGGAAAAGGAAGAGGAUGACACCGAGGGAGCAAUGGGGGUCAGGAACAAAGUGGCUGGUGGGAAAAGGAAGAAAUGGAAAGCCUGAGAAAGGAAGACACCCGGAACUAUUUUUUCCAUGUUUUUAAGCUGCUUGGCUUUCCGAGAGUCACCAGUAUCGGACUUGACCUUUCAGCAUAUCCCAGAGAGCAAAAGGUUUCCUGAUCCACUAGCACCUUUUGUAAACUUCUUUAAUCCAGAAGCAAUUCUCCUGCAAGCCUGGGAAAUCUCUUUUAAUGCUAUGGGGAGACCUAGUACUUCUGCUGCCAACAGUUGCUCCUGUCUACCAGCAGGCCACAGUGGAUUCCCUAAGCUACAUGAAAUGGAUAUAUGGCAGAACCUUUUCAAGCUGCUACUACCAAAGUCAGUGGAGAGAGACAUUUGCACCCCUAAUUUUAUAAGAAAAUUGUCCAAAAUAAAAACAAAGUAAAAAAAAAAUUGCAUGCUGUGCUGGUUCCAAGACGUGCAGGCAAAGAAGAUGGAAUAGGUAACUUGCACCUUAAAGUUACUUAAUUUAUGUAAUCACAGCUUUGUGCAGGUGUUUGUGGGCAAAUAAAUAAGUGAGAGCAGCAGAAACCUGCUCUCCAUUUAUUUAUUUAUUUCCCACCCACGUGCACAAAGUGGACUUACUCGGCUCAGGGAAGGCAGUGCUUGGGCUCUGGCAGCAUCCCAGAAUCCCUGUGUUACCUUCUCAAAGCUGGGUAAGUGGGGUGCUGGGCUUUGGGAAGGAGGCACAAGAGCUCUGGC